AUGGAACUCAAAGUUCGUAAACCAUUCUUCCUUAAUUUCGAGAAAGUGCCUACACCAUUGAAGGUUUUCUGUGACAACAUUUAUGUUUCUCUCAGGUUCAGCGAGUCUCUCAACACGCUUAUAAGCUUGGUGCGAACUAAUGUGGAUGAAACUCUUCUCAAUACUAUGAUUCAGUUCUAUGAUCCUCUGCUACAUUGCUUCACCUUUAGAGAUUUUCAGUUGGUACCAUCCUUGGAGGAGUUCUCAUACUUGCUGGGACUUCCUAUACUUGAUCGGAUUCCUUAUACUGGUAAAGAAGAAGACCCUAAAUGGGAAGACAUUGCUGCUGCCCUACACCUACCAAAAGCUGAGAUUGAGAAGGGUGUUUUAUCUUUGCUAAUUUAUGGGCAAGUAUUAUUCCACCAUUAUGAUAAAAUUGUUGAUGUGGAUGCUAUUAAGAUAUUCCUCAGUAAGAAUCCCGUUCCUACCUUACUUGGUGAUUUAUUACAUUCUAUUCAUUUUCGAGCGUCAAAAAGGAAAGGUUGUGUUCUUGGAUGUGCUCCUCUAUUGCAUAAGUGGUUUAUUUUGCACUUACACCGCUCCGUAAGAAGGAAUGAAGAAGGUUUAACUUGGGCUCAGAGAAUUAUGAAGCUUUCUUUUGACGACGUCAUCUGUGCAGAGUAUUUCAGCUAUGAUUCUGAUGAAGCUAAUAAAAGAGAUAUCUUCAUUAAAGCCUGGUCAAAAGUAAAGAAAGUUGGUGCAAAAGACAUAGGGAGGAGAAACUACAUUCCAUUAGACCCAUACUUCCAAUGGAUCUAUGACCGAGUUGUUGAAUUUGGGAUGUCUUACCCAUCUGAUACGCCUAUAGUACCAAGAAUAACUCCUCCUGCUGUUCCAGUUGCGUUUGAGCCAUAUGUCCCUUCUCCAAACGAAGACCUUGUUGCAACUGUCAACCAAUUGAAGAGAGAAAUGGAUGACUUUGAGAGACGUUUGCGAGAAGCUGAAGCUGAAAAAGAAGUAUUGAUAGCAAAUGCUAAAGAGUGGGAGACUUUACUUGACUACUUUUCUCGCAAAUAG